AUGGCUUCUGUCCUCAACAGCAAAAUUCACCCGUCCGGGACCUGCCCGGGCUCCAAAGCGGACGGCCGCGGUGGCGCCGGCUGGAAAAUGGACUGUGAUCCUGAGAUGCACGUGAAAAUGUGCAAGAAGAUUGCCCAGCUCACCAAGGUGAUUUACACCCUGAACACCCGCCAGGAUGAGGCCGAGGCCAGCCUGGAGGCGCUGCAGGAAGCGCACCAGGAGGAGCUGCAGAACGCGGUGGCCGAGACCGAGGCCAGGCUCCUGCAGGCGCAGGGCCGCGCCCACGAGGAGCCCCUUCUUCAGCGCAUCCAGGCCCUGGAGAGCGCCCUGGAGCUGCAGAAGAGGCUGACGCAAGAGGCGCGGGCCGAGUCGGCUUCGUGCAGGCUGUGAAAGACUCCCGCACUGGAGACCAAAGAGAGAGAGCUGCGGGCCGAGGCGGAGCACGCCGAGCGCGUCCUGACGCUCUCCAAGGAGAUGCUGGAGCUUAAGGCUGACUACGAGAAGAGGCUCCGGCGCCUGACCAGCCACGAGCCCCCGCCGCGGGCCCGGCUUUCCCAGGAGAGCCCUGAUGCCGAGGCAGAGCCCGGCCAGGGCCCCGGGAUGCAGGAGGUCCUGCUGGAGGUGGAGCGGCUGCGGGUGGAGAACCAGCAGCUGAGCAAGGACUAUGUGCGCAAGGCCGAGGAGCUGCGGGCCACCUGCGAGCGGGAGAACGAGGCCAUCCGGCAAGCCAUGCAGCAGUCGGUGAGCGAGGCCCUGUGGCAGUGGCAGGAGAAGGAGACGGACCUCCGCAAGAACUUCCAGGGCCAGGAGUCGGCCCUGCAGGCCCAGGUCAGGAAGCUGGAAGGGGACCUGGAGCACAGAGGCCGCAAGAUAAGUGACCUGAAGAAGUACGCCCAGAAGCUGAAGGAAAGGAUUCAGGACCUGGAUGUGCAGCUCAGGGAGGCGCGACAGGAGAAUUCAGAGUUGAAAAGCACCGCAAAAAAACUUGGCGAGAAGCUGGCUGUUGCCAAAGACAGACUGAUGCUGCAGGAGUGUCAUGUGACACAGAAAACUGAUGACGUGAAGACUGAGCUAGUCUCAGACAAUGAAGUCCCGGGGGAAGCGAAUGACUUAGCCUGCAGCCUUCAUCCGCAGCAGAAUCAAUGCUUUGCCAAGGAGUGUCCAUGUAUGAAAGGAGACACAGAUACACAGAGCAAAAAAGAGGCAAAUGCUGAGACAGAAUAUAUGAAGCAGCAGUAUGAAGAAGACCUUCGUAAAAUCAAACAUCAGACAGAAGAGGAGAAGAAACAUCUCAAAGACCAGCUAGUGAAGCGACUGGAAGACUUGGUAAAGAAGCACACCGUGGAAAUCAAAUCAGUCCGCUCAUCUGUGGAGGCUGAAAGAAAGAAGCUGCAGAAGGAAGCAGAAACACAGUUGGAGGAAGUGAAGAAGAAAUCAGAAAAAGAAAUAAAGCAGCUGGAAGAAGAGAAGACGGCCUUGAAUGUGAAGCUGCAGAAUUCUCUGCUGGAGGUUUUAAGGUUGGAAGAAUUUAUCCAACAAAAUAAGAUAUAUCCCCAAAGAGCCAAAGAAAGGCCCCAGGAAUUAGACUGCCAACACCACAGCAUUUUGGAGACCCAGGAUCUGUGCUCGAAGCUGAAUGAACCUUUUCAGACACUGCCCAGAGAAGAGUAUAAAGAUAAAUUAGCAGCUGAAGAAGGAACCAGCAGUGACGAAGAAGAAAGGAUCAAAGUGCCUCUCAAGGAGGGGAGUGAUCCGCAACCUCCACUGGGCUCUUUGCUGAAGGAGAAGGCACCUGAAAUCGAGUAUCUACAGGAGGACUGGCAAAGCCAGAAAGCCAAAUUGCAAGCCCAGGUCUCACAGAUGCAGCAGGCUCUGGAGCAGUGCGCCAGCGACUACAGGGAGGACCUGCGGGAGCUCAGGCAGCUCUCGGAGCACGAGAGGGAGAGGCUGCAGCGUGAGCUCCAGGAGAGCCUGCAGCAGAACCAGGCCGUGAGAGCCCAGCUGGAGGCUGCCCACCAGCGAGCCCUGCGCAUGCUGGAGAAGGCCAAAAAUCAGGAAGUCAAGGCCAUAGAGGAGCGCUUGAAGAAAGAAUCCAGCCACAGCCUCCAGAUCCAACACCAGGCACACCAGCUGGAGAUCCAGGCCUUGGAGGAAAAGGCCAAGCAAGAGCUGCAGGGGGAGCGUGAGCGGAUGCAGGCCCAGCAGGCUCUUCUGCUAGAGUCCCUCCGGCAGGAGUUGUCAGAGCAGCAAGCUGCCUGCUCUGAGCACCAGAAGGACUUGGAGGCACUGCAGGCCAAGCUGAGGGCUCUGGACAGCUUGGGCAGGUGGCAGACCAUCAGCCAGUGUCCUGAGGACAGCGAGGACCAUGCCGUCACUGCAGAGGAGCGGGGCGGCCCGGGCCAGGCCGAGCCCCCGCCAGGCGCCGCGGAGCAGGGUCCGAGCGAGGCCUGCGGGCUGCGGCGGGAGAACUCGCGCCUCCGGGACGCCGUGCUGCGGCUGCGCGCCGAGGAGGGACCGCGCCGGCAGGGGGCGCUGCAGCUCCGCGACCCGCGCAGCUUGCUGGAGGAGGAUCAGCAGGCCCAGCGGGCCAGGGAGGUGGAGACACUUCGCCAGGAACACCGGAAAGAGAUGCAGGCCAUGGUGGCAGAUUUCAGUAGCGCCCAGGUGCGGCUCCAGACCCGGCUGGCUGCCCUGGAAGCCGAACUGAAAGAUGCCAGAGAAAAGCCGGGGAAGGGAACGUCCAGGCCCGAAGACCUCCAGCUCAUAGGCCGUCUGCAGACCCGCCUGAAGGAGAGGGAGGAAAUCAUCAAGCAGCUCACGGAAGAGAGAAGAUUUUACUACGCAGCAUUCCCCAGUGCAAUAUCCCAUCGAAAUCGGUCCUUUUCUUUCAAUCCUCACCCAGGAUAUUUGACCCCUUCCAUGAAGAAAAAGAAGAUGGAGGAAGUGCCCAGCCGAGUGGUCAGUGUGCCAAACCUCGCCUCUUACGCAAAGAACUUUCUGAGUGGAGAUCUGAGCUCCAGGAUCAAUGCCCCUCCAAUAACCAAGUCACCCAGCUUGGACCCAAGCCCCAGCUGUGGCCGGCCUUACAAACCUACCCAGUCUCUAGAUGCAAAAACUGCCUCGAGGACACCAGAUGGUGAAACAGCCCAACCCAAAGAAACCCAGCAGAAACAGGGCUCUCCGCACCAGGAAUGGUUUACCAAGUAUUUUUCUUUCUAA